UUCGCUGCGUCUUUGUGCAUUUCGCCUCCUUUAGCAGCCAAUGCUCUUCCGAGAAUCUGCAAGGGGACCACGGCCAAGCAGAGGGGAAGGAUCCUCCCACGCCGGGGAGACCGAAGGGCAUCGCUUUCCGCGCCGCGACCGCUGCUGAUCCCGGAGUGCUGACACCCCAGGGAUGUGAGUGCGCCCCCAACCCUGAGGCCCACACUCCACGCCCCGCUUCCCGGCCUGCCCCCCAGAGGACUCCUGUCUGCAGCCCCCGCUUCUCUCUCAGGCUCUCUCAGAGCAUGCUGCCUGUGGCCAUGAAGAGCCUCGGCCUGGCACUGCUGGCCUUGCUGCUGUGCCCCUCGCCGGCCUAUGGCCUGUGGUGCCAGGACUGCACCCUGGCCAAUUCCAGCCAUUGCGCCCCGAAGCAGUGCCAGCCGACUGAUACCGUUUGUGCCAGCGUGCGGAUUACUGACCCCAGCAGCAGUAAGACUGGACCUGGCAGGAAGGAUCAUUCUGUGAACAAGAUGUGCGCGUCCUCCUGCGAAUUCGUUAAGCGGCACUUUUUCUCAGACUAUCUGAUGGGGUUCAUUAACUCUGGAAUCUUAAAAGUCGACGUGGACUGCUGCGAGAAAGAUCUUUGCAAUGGGGCGCCAGCAGUGGGGCGUAGCCCCUGGGCCCUGGCUGGGGGGCUCCUGCUGAGCCUGGGGCCUGCUCUCCUCUGGGCUCAGCCCUGAGGCCCCUCCCUCCCUCCUGCAGGGCCUUGGAGCUUGUCCCCUGAGCCAGUUGCUGCCCCGUCCCCAGCCUGGCCUGGCUAGGGUUGGGACAGCAAGAGCUUGGCAACAAGGUCUGUGGCUCUCAACCUCCCUAGAUGUGAGCCUUCUCCGUUUCCCCACCAGCUCCAUAUCCCGGGCAGCUGGACA